AUGGCUGAGGAGGCGAUGGACGUGGAUGUCCAGAUGGGGCCCGCGCCCGAGGUGGCGGCGGCCGCGGCUGCUGCGGCUGAGGAGAGGCCCUCGCCUUCUCGCGCCCCUUGGAGCGCCCUCUUCGGCGAGCGGGAGCCGCGGAGGCCGCCUCCUUCUGCGCAGCCCCAGUCGCAGCCUCUGCCUCGAGCCAGGGCCAGGCCGCCUCGGCAGCCGGCGGCGCGCGGGACCCAACGGGCCGCCCGAAGCAGGGCCACAGCAGUGUUGGAUGCUUACUUCUUUACCAGCAGGAUUGAAGCAGCAGCAGCAGCCACAUCAAAUCUCUCAGCAGGUCACGGUGGGCAAAACUCAGAUGAGGCUGUGGUUCUUAGUGACUCUGACAGUGACAGCAGCAGCCUGACUGAAGUGGAAGAAGAGGAGGAGGGGGAGGAACCUGCAGGAGCCACUGAAGAGGCACCUGGGCCAUCCAACUUGGGAGUCUCUGACGCAACACAAAUGGAUCCUCCUGCAGACAAUUCAAGUGAGCUAGGACAUCCAGGACCUAGAGAAGCUCCUGCCCAGCAGAAGAAGACAACUCCUUUAAAGGGAGCUGAUCCUGCAGCACCUGUGACCCCCUUAGAGGAAGAGGAGAGCGGUGAUACCUGCGCAAUCUGCUUUGAAGAGUGGACCAAUGCCGGGGGACACCGUCUCUCUGCACUGCGGUGUGGGCAUCUCUUCGGCUACAGCUGCAUUGAGAGGUGGCUGAAGGGGCAGGUCGGCAAGUGCCCCCAGUGCAAUAAGAAAGCUAAGCGGACAGACAUCGUGGUCCUUUAUGCCCGCACUCUGAAAGCAUUGGACACUAGUGAACAGGAGCAGAUGAAAAGCUCUCUAGAAAAGGAGCAAAUGCUACGAAGAAAAGCAGAGCUAGAAUCUGCUCAGAGCCGGCUCCAGCUGCAGGUCUUGACGGAAGAGUGUAGCAAACUUCGGCAGCAAGUUCAGGAAUUGAAGGCCCUGAUGGCUCAACACCACGCUAGCUCCUCUCAGCAGCCCACCAACUCUCGUUCUGGCCUCUCGGGGGGCCCGUCCUCCAGCCAAGGCCAGCACAAGUACCAUUUUGAGAGAGCCUUUGUGGUGUCCCAAGCGGGCAGCUGCCGGGUCAUGGCGUACUGUGACCUGCUGAGCUGCCUGGUGAUGUCGCAGCCCUCGCCUCAGAGCACCCUCAUUCCUGGCUAUGGGAUUAAGAUGAUGAGUGCUGUCAACCUGAACAGCAGCCAGUACAUCCCUAUCCACAGCAAGCAGAUCCGAGGCCUGGCCUUCAGCAACCGUGCGGAUGGCUUGCUCUUAUCUGCUGCCAUGGACCAUACCCUGAAGCUUACAAGCUUGACAACAAACACUGUGGUGCAGACUUACAAUGCAGGCCGGCCUGUCUGGAGCUGUUGCUGGUGUAAAGAUAAUACCAACUACAUCUACGCUGGACUCGUCAAUGGCUCUGUCUUGGUGUAUGACCUGCGGGACACAACCUCUCAUGUACAGGAACUAGCUACACAGAAAUCCAGGUGCCCAGUGGUGUCCUUGUCAUAUCUGCCUCGAAUGGCUUCUGCUGCACUGCCCCAUGGUGGGCUGGUGUCUGGGACCCUGGAAGGAGCCUGUUUCUGGGAGCAGAAGGCCAGCGACUCCUACCGGCCUCAUCACCUCCCCCUGGAGUCUGGAGGCUGUACUGACCUUCAGACAGAGGCCAGCACGCGGCACUGCCUUGCGACAUUCAGGCCCAAUCGAAACCGCAACUGUUUGCAGUGCGUGGUGAUGGAGCUGACCUGUACUCGGCUGACAGAAGCGGGCGAUGACGUCGUCUGUUCCUGUCGUCCCGUUCAGACGCUUACCGCAGGCCCAACGUGCAAACUCCUGACCAAAAAUGCAAUCUUUCAGAGUCCAGAAGAUGAUGGCAGCAUCCUUGUGUGUGCUGGGGAUGAAGCAUCAAACUCUGCCAUGCUCUGGGACGCAGGGACUGGUUCCCUGCUGCAGAAGCUCACGGAUGACCUACCUGUGUUAGAUGUCUGCCCUUACACAGUGAACCACAGCAGCUUUCUGGCUACCUUGACAGAAAGAACAGUGAGGAUCUACAGGUGGCAAUGA